CCGCUUGUACCCAACCACCAUCUGCCUGGCCGCGAGAGGCAUGCCGGGAAAAAGCAAGGAAGUUUGAAUGUGGAUUUGACGGAAAUAAAGCGCGUGGGGGUGGUGGGUUUUUUUUGGUGGUUGGUGGUUGAUUCGUAAACAUUGUAAGUCAUUUUUUUUGUUUGUUUGUUUGUUACAAAGAUACUCGAGCGUAUAUUUGCGCACGGAUUCGCGAGCACGAGGACGUGGGUUAUAGAAAAUCCCCGCCACGGUCGAUUCAUCCAAGAGGCCGCACCCAACACCACCACCACCGCCGUCACCCCCAACGAGGCGACGUGUGUGCAGAUGGAGAGCCAUGAGGAUGCCUGUGAGAAACUGGAUGGAGACUUCGAUCAUUUUCUUGUUGAUAUGAAGCCCUUUGUGCUCAAGCUUCCACACAAGUCUGAUCGGCAACGUUGCGCGCUGUGGAUCAAGAAGCUCUGUGAGCCGCCGGUAGCACGCAGUGGAGCCCUGGGCAUCUCAAGCCGCAAGAACCGCAAUGACUACGCACGUCUGCUGCUGCACAUGUUGCGCCGGAGUGUGCUGGAGGAGCCCUUCACUCACAGGCCUGACACGGGGCCCCUCAAGACGCUGCCGACUUACAUGGCCAUCUACUUUGACGAACCCCUGGAGGACAUUGUGGCGAGCCGGGAACCCCCAGACUGGGUCACGGGUGCGCUUGACGCACCAGAGGAGACCUCCAAACGUUCGCUGAAAGAGGACGAACGCUCGGGUCCGCACCUCUCCUUCGAUUCAACGUGCAGUCGUCACAGGACAAGUUCUGAAAAUGAGGGAGCUUCCAGGCAGCUGCAUGCUCUUUCCCAAAGUGCUGCCCUUGGGCCUGUUCUGAAGAGAUCCUUCAAGAGGACUCAGGACCAUCACACUGGACUCUCGUCUGAUGACAGUGACCUUGACAGCCGGUUUGGGGCUGGUGAUGAAAGAAAUGGAACAUUCCUUGACCAACAGACGGUUUCACAAAUGCACAAGAAGGAGCUGGAGGUGAGGACCAAGCUUCUGGAGGUCAUGUUUCAGGAGGAGAAGCUAAAACUUCAGCAGAAGCACGAUGCCGACAUCCAGAAGAUUCUAGACCGUAAGAAUGGCGAGAUUGAGGAGGUCAAGUCCCUCAACCGGAGGAAGCAGAAGGAGGCAGACGAUACCAUCAAGAAGCUGGAAAAGAAAGUGCAGGCCCUCAUGUGGGAGGCCCAGGUUCUACAGGAGAGCAAAGACAGGGAGAUGGUUGACCUGGCGAGAACUUCUGAGCACAACAUUGAAGACCUCAGGUCCCAGUAUGAGAGCAAGCUUACGGAGGCCACGUCGGAUUUCGAAGUGGAGAAGCUGCAGCUUCAGAAGCGCCACACGGAUAACAUCCAGGCUCUGUUGGACGACACCAACACACGUCUCGCGGCCAUGGAGGACGAGUAUUCGUCACAGGCGCGCGCUACGGUGGAGCAGACACGAGAGCUGGAGUCUCGUGUCCAACAACUAAGUAUCGAGGCGGAGAGGAAUUCAUCACUCGGACAGCGGCUAGGUCAAGAGAAGGCCCAACUGGAGGCACAGUGCAGUACGCUAAGCUCAGAGCUGGAAUACAGCAAGAGCAGAUACGCAAGCUUGGAGCAGGAGAGCCAGAGGGCCCGGCUGGUACUGGAGGAGAAGUUGCAACAGUGCCGGGGGCGCCUGGAGGCGCAGCUAGAGUCGCUGAAGCAAGACAACGCUCGUGCAGCCUCCGAGGCAACCGCUGUCAUUGAAGGCCUCGAGAAGGAAGUGUCGGAGCACAAGGGAUCGCUCAGGGAAACCGAGCUGCAGAAACAUAGACAGCUCAGGGAGCAAGAAAAUCAAUUCAAACAACAAAUUAUUGAGUUGGAACAGCUCAGUGAUAAAAAGAUACGAUCCGUGCAAACCGAGUUGGAAGAAACCAAGGCUGAAGCGCAGAGAAAAAUACGGCAGAUGGAAGAUGGAAUCAGAGAGAAGGAGGAACGCCACACCAGGGCCUUAGAGGCGGAGAGGGCUCAUGCCCAGCGAGCAGAGGCUGCCCUGGAUGACUUCAAAAAGCAGGUGGAGCUCAACGCAGAGAAGAUAUAUGGCGAGAUGCGACAUCAGAUGACGAAGGUGGAGAGCGACUUGUCCCGCUCUAAGUCACUGCGGGAGAAGCAGGCGAAGGAGUUCACGAGACAGCAGGAGCAGUUGCGGCAGCGUUACGAGCAGCAGAUCGUGGAGCUACGCCUACAGCAGGAGCAGGACAAGACGCUGGCCCUGCAGCAUCACGGGGCGGACAAAGAGCGGCUCUUGAAACUGCACCAGGAGGAGAUGGAAAGCCUGGAGGCUCGGUUGCGAGCCACCGCCAUGGAACAGGAGUCUCACUUCCAGGAGAGGAGGAAGCGAGAUGCGAAGACGGCGUCCGAACUGGAGAGGAGGUUGUCAAAUGUUGCCGUGCAGCAGGAGGCGGAGAGGCAGAGGGCCUCGCGCGAGCUGGAGGCUGCGCAGGCCAAGUUCCGGUUCCAGCUGGAGAACGCCCGCGUGGAGAUGCAGAGGGCCCACAGCAAGCAGAUGGAGCAGGCGCAGGAGAAGGCCAGCGCGCGGUUCAGACAGAUGGAGAAGGAGUGCAAUCAAAGGCUGGCCGCCUCCGCGCAGGCAAUGGCAGAGGUGCAGACAAACACGGCGACCCUGAAAGACGAAGCGAGCAGGCGGCAGCUCACGCUGGAGAGGCAGCUCAACGAGGCCCACGCGCAGAGGGACGCUGAGAAGAGGACGUUACUGGAGGAGCACGGCAGAGAGACGCAGGUCCUUCUGACGGAAGUCGAGACGUGGCGCGUGCGUGUGCAGCUGUUAGAGAAGGCGCUGCAGACGCAAGGACUGCAGCACCAGCAGCAGAUGACACAUUUGCGUCAGGAGCAUGAGGGCAGGAUGAAAGGACUCAUGCCCGCCAGCCUGCGGCAGGAACUGGAGGACACCAUCUCAUCUCUCAAGUCGCAGGUGGUCUCCUUGCAGAAGAGAGCAGCUGUUCUGCAGGAAGAGCUGUCACCCUGCCAGCUCAAAAGGUGAAGCCACUCAUCAACACGGAGGAUGAAGCCACUGCAUCCGCAAGGGAAUUGGAGAUUCUGAAACGUCUGGCCUUUAACUUUACUUACACCUCAAGCCAUGCAUCGUUACUUCUCCUCCUCCUCCUCUCGCCGUC